UUCCCCACACAACGUCACCAUUUUUGGCGAUCGUGGGAAAAUGGCGACGUCCGCGGAAUGGCAGUACAUGAAGACGUUGGUACCGCCGCAUUAUCCGUGCGUGCGGCGAUCAGGGGACACGUCGCAGCGCAUGGUGCUUGACGGGCGCGUUGACAAGGAUGAGUGGGCGCAUGCGCAAUGGACGGACACGUUUGUCGACAUCGAAGGACCGGCGAGGAAGCCGAACCCGGCUCAAUCUACUCGCGUAAAGAUGAUGUGGGACGACAACUAUCUGUACGUUGGCGCAGACAUGGAGGAAUCGAAGGUGUGGGGCAACUACACGGAGAAGAACACGACUAUGUACCACGAGAAUGACUUUGAGAUCUUUAUCGACCCCGAUGGCAGCCGCCACAACUACUACGAGCUUGAGAUGAACUGCCUGAACACGAUAUGGGAACUCGCGCUCAUGCGACCUUACAAGGAUGGCCACUCGAUCGUCAACCCGUACAAUCUCACAGACAUCCACUCUGCUGUUUAUAUUGACGGCGUCCCGAACGAUCCAACCGUCACAUGCAAGAAGUGGACCGUCGAAGUUGCGAUCCCGUUGGCGGAACUCGUGCACUUUGAUGAGCGCCGCCACUGCAAGGUCCAAGCCGGAGACGUGUGGCGAAUGAACUUUUCUCGUGUCCAUUACGACCUUCUCGUCGAAAAAGGCAAGUACGUCAAAGUCCCGGACCGCCGGGAAUACAACUUCGUGUGGGCUCCGACGGGGGUUAUCGACAUCCAUCGUCCUGAAAAGUGGGCGUACGUUGCAUUCCUCGGCACAACUGCGGUGGACUCGUCGGAAUGGCAAGCGCUGCGGUCGGUAUUGACCGCAACCGAAGCUAUUCAAGCCCAGCUCAACCAAGUAUACUACGACCAACGAGCAUACCAUGACAUGCAUGGGCACUACGCAUCGACGCUGGACGAGUUGCAUCCGUCCACGGGAAUACAGGGAGCGUCCAUGACGAUGGAGUGUGCGACAGACAUGCAAUCGUAUGUCGUGGCCGUCGCAGCGGCCGAGGGUGUGCAUCGAAUGGCGCAUGACGCCAAGUACACCUUCGUCGACAGCGAGUAAGGCCGCCGCAUGCGUCCCAACGACGAAGCCAAGGCCCACAGCCCGUCCACGUCACAGUCCGUCCAUGCAGCAUUUUGAGCGACCGACCGAAAUAGCUGGCAAUUCGCCAUUUUCGCCAAUGUUCGGCACGACGUAGGAGAGGUGACAUUUUCGACCUCUACCAUGUAAGCAUUUGUGGUUUUCAA